CAGACUAACUUUAAUCUCCUCUUUGGUCUCUUCUUUCUUCAACCAGUUGCGAUUUGCUCUUUCAGUACUCGUGUAGUUUUGUUAACCAAACAAAUUUCCAUUUCCAACUUCUAACUAUGGCUUGGGCUCUUGUUUCUGCAAUCAAGGACCAGCUUAGUUCUCUCAUUACUACAGAGUUCACGUCGAUUGCUAAUGUCAAGGGAGAAGUCCAGAAGCUUGAAAGCAAAUUCCACACCAUCCAGGCAAUGCUCAACGAUGCAGAGAAACGGCAAGUGAAGGAGGAAGCUGUGAAGCUUUGGUUAGAUAAGCUCAAAGACGUAUCCUACCAGAUGGACGACGUGUUGGAUGAGUGGAACACUGCCAUGAUCAAAGCAGAGAUUGAGAAACAACAAAAAGAUGAUGCAGAAAAAGCUGAAACUAGCAGUGCUGCUAAGAAAAGGAAGGUAUGGCCCCUCAUCUCAGUUCCUACUCUUUUGCAGCAUCGUGAUAUUGCUCAUAAGAUAAAAGAACUUAAUGAAAAAUUAGAUGAGAUUGACAGAGAGGGAGAGGUGUACACGUUUGCAUUGACUAGGGGCAAUGAAGAAGUUGAGAGACCAAGAACAACUUCCUUUGUUGAUGUGUCUGAAAUUCUUGGUCGUGAUAAAGUUAGGGAUGAUCUAGUGAGCAUCCUAUUGGGCAAGGGUAGUGAAGAAGUAAGAAACCCCCAUGUCAUCUCUUUAGUGGGCAUGGGUGGUAUUGGAAAAACUACUCUUGCCCAACUAGCCUAUAAUGAUAAUGAGGUGAAGGCACAUUUUGAGAUAAAAGUGUGGGUUUGUGUUUCUGACCCUUUCGAUCAGUGCAAGGUGGCCAAAGAAAUCCUUGAAUCUAUUGAACAUCAAUCCCCCAACUUGACUGCAUUGCAAAGUCUAUUGGAUAGAAUUUGCAAUAAAGUUAGGGGAAAGAAGUUUCUUCUUAUCUUUGAUGAUGUGUGGACGGAAGACUCCACAAUGUGGGAGCCAUUCAGAUUUGCACUCAAAUCUGUUGCCCAAGGCAGUAGAAUUAUAGUCACCACACGGAAAAGCAAAGUUGCGGAGAUUAUGGGACGUGGGAGCAUGAUUAAUUUGGAGGUAUUGUCUAAAGAAGAUUGUUGGUUGGUGUUUAAAAAAAUAGCAUUUUUUAAUAGGGAUCCUAGGCAAUGUGAGCAACUAGAAGGCCUCAGUAGGCAAAUAGUAGAAAAGUGCAAAGGCUUGCCACUUGCUGCAAAGACUCUAGGAAGUCUAAUGCAGUUCAAGAGAAGUAUAGAAGAAUGGAGGAGAGUUUUGGAUAGCAAUUUGUGGGAAUUAGAAGUUGGGGAAAUAGAAAGUCUUUAUGCACCGUUGUUACUGAGUUAUUAUGAUUUAUCCUCACCAUUGAGACGAUGCUUCUCAUUUUGUGCUGUUUUUCCAAAAGAUUAUGUCUUUUCUAGCGGUGAGUUGGUAUUUAUGUGGAUGGCACAAGGAUAUAUCAACUCGAAGACAAAUAUGGAGAUGGAAAUCAUUGCUAGAGAGUACUUUGAAAAUUUAGCCAUACGAUCUUUCUUCCAAGAUUUUAAGAAAGAUGAAAAUGAUGGCCAAAUAAUAACGUGCAAAAUGCAUGACAUAGUGCAUGACUUUGCCCAAUUAAUGUCAAAAAAUGUAUGCUUCACAAUCAAUUCUAACAUAGGGUUGGAAACUGAUUAUAAAACUGCCUGCCAUUUGGAGUUAGAAAUUUACAAAGAAGCCCAAUUUCCUGAGUCCAUUUAUAGUGCAAAAAAUUUGCGCACCCUCAUUUUUGUAAAUCGAAGUGAUUAUAUGUUGUCUACUUUAUUUCAGCAUUUUAGAUGUUUACGAAUAUUAACUUUGGAUUUUAAAUCUGGUGGUAUAGUGUGGAAUCUUCCAAAUGCUGUGGAAAAUUUCAUACAUUUGAGGUAUCUCAAUUUAGUCAAUUAUUGUGGAGAUGCAUUGCCUGAAACCAUUUGUAAUCUUUGCAAUUUACAAAUUUUGAAAAUUAUAAUUGAUGGCAACAAGUUCCAAAAGUUGCCACAGGGAAUGAGUAAACUAAUUAACCUGAGACAUUUUAAUUUGAGCUUCAGAAAUAAUUGUUUAAAUGUAAAGUUUCCAAGAGGGUUUGGGAGAUUGACUUCUCUUAGAACAUUAUAUCAUUUCAUCGUAAAUGGUAAGGAUGAUAGCGAAAGAUGUAAAUUGGGAGAAUUAAUAAAUUUGAACCACCUGAAGACUCUUGUAAUAUCUGGGUUGGGAAGCGAGGUAGAUGAAUGCGAGGCCAUGAAUGCACAACUGAAGAAGAAGAUAAACCUUCAUACUUUGAUUCUAAUGUUUAAAGAAUGGGAUGGUGAGGAAAUAACAAGGAAGAAAGAUGCAUUGGUUCUGGAUGCCUUAGAGCCACCUCCUAACUUGGAAUAUUUACGUAUUGUAAGUUACAAGGCACCGAUAAUGUUUCCUAAUUGGAUGAUGUCCUUAACCAAUUUAAAAGAACUUGGAAUUAACGAUUCAUCUUUAGAGUGUUUGCCUCCUUUGGGGAAACUUCCAUUCCUCAAAUCAUUAAAUAUGUGGUAUGUUAAAAGAUUGAAAAAGUUAGGGGUUGAAUUUAUGGGAAUAGAAGAAUCCGAAAAGAAGGAGAAAGGCGAUAUAAUAAUACCACUAUUCCCAAAUUUGAUAUCUCUCUCAUUUGAGAAAGUCUAUAACUGGGAAGAAUGGAAUGGGAUUGAAGAAGAAGAAGACUGUAUCAGAAGAUUCACUAUUAUGCCACGUCUUCAAGAUUUGAGAAUUCACUACUGCGAAGAGUUAAAGUCGCUGCCAAACUUCCUUUGUACAACUCCAUUACAAAAAUUGGAGAUUCGUAUUUGUCCAAUUCUGAAGGAACACUGCAAAAGAGGGACAGGAAAGGAGUGGCCCAAGAUUUCCCACAUUCCUAACAUAUGGAUUGAUAGGUUCUAUGUGCAAAGAGACGGUCGAGAAAAUGAGGCAGAGCCAAAGGUUCAUGAUUUUAGCUUCAAGUUGAGAUUUUUGGAUGACGAUGGUGAAAGAUGAUUUGUGUGAGUGUGGCUGAAGUUCAUUCUUGGCAUUAUUCAGUAAUGCAAGUCUGAUCUAGUCAAGGUUGCAGUUUUCUAGUUCCCCCAUGUAUCACUAGUUGAAAGUUGCUGGUCUCUUCAAAAUCAUUGUUGUUGGUUCACAAAGUUUGCUACAAAUUCGGAUUUUUGGAUGGUGAUGGUGUAAGUUAUUUGCGUUUGAGCAUUUGUCCGAAAAGUUCAGCAUUAGCUUGAUUUGGCGUUGCAACUCUGAUUCAGUCAUGGAGUUUGAAGUAUCUCAUUACUUGAAAAGUGUGAGGUACAAGAGGCCCGUUACCAGCAGGAAAGAAGAAGAAACUACAUAUACCAUUGUUAGUUGGAUCAUUUACUCCACUACUGUGAGGUAUAUCUCGAUAUUUUCUUCUUAAUCAUCUAUUUGUUUUUCCUUAUCAUUUUGCCCAUCCUUGAUAAUCUCAUGCUAAAUAUUUGAUUCUUUCCUCAUUUGAACCAAACAUCUGAUUCUAAUAUCUAGGGAUGUACAUUUUGUUAUGAAUCAAUUUUUCACACAUUGAUGCACAUUUGAGAAAGGGCCAAAGAAUCAGGUCCUCUAUCAUUUCAUAACCGAAGAAGGGAUGUGCAUCAUGGAACAUAUCAUGUUUAAUCCAUAUUAUAUGGUGGCAGAUGAAAGGUGAGCUAGAUUGAUGAAUACAAAGGCGUGCGGAUUUCUUGUCUUAGUGAUUGAAGAGUUUUGUUUCAUGGAAGAGGGGAAAGAGUGUGAUGUUACCACCAGGAGUGGAGGGGAUGAGAUGAUAAAUGCUUGCUUUUCUUUUUACCAUUGCUAGUUGCCCAAUUUGGAAUGACAUUCAAAAAAGGAAAUCCCUGAAUUAGUCACCAACAUGUUCAAGGAAAAAGGUAGAAGAAGGCGGGAAUGAAGCCAUAUUACAAUUGUUUGCUCUGGGGAGUUCAAUUCUGAUUCAC